GCCCACCUCCUGCCUUGUCACUUUGUCCUUCACUUGACAUUUCAGUUCUCCAUUUUGUGGGAGAAUCUUGUUUUAUAAUUCUUAUUAGAAUUUCCGUACAAAACUCUAUUCGACAUGUCUAAGAUUGGUAUCAACGGAUUUGGCCGCAUCGGUCGUCUGGUCCUCAGGGCUUCGGUUGACAAGGGCGCCCAGGUUGUAGCCAUCAAUGACCCUUUCAUCGGCUUGGACUACAUGGUAUAUCUCUUCAAAUAUGAUUCCACACACGGCCGUUUCAAGGGAACCGUUGAAGCUGUUGAUGGACAUUUGGUUGUGAACGGAAACAAGAUUGCAGUAUUCUGUGAGAGAGACCCCAAGGCCAUCCCAUGGGGCAAGGCUGGAGCUGAAUACAUUGUAGAAUCUACUGGUGUGUUCACAACCAUUGACAAAGCUUCGGCUCAUUUGGAAGGUGGUGCUAAGAAAGUCAUAAUUUCAGCCCCCAGUGCUGACGCACCCAUGUUUGUGGUUGGUGUCAAUCUUGACGCCUACAACCCAUCCUAUAAGGUUAUCUCCAAUGCCUCCUGCACCACCAACUGUCUAGCUCCCCUCGCCAAGGUCAUCCAUGACAACUUUGAAAUUGUAGAAGGUCUCAUGACAACUGUCCAUGCUACCACCGCUACCCAGAAGACCGUCGAUGGACCCUCUGGCAAGCUGUGGCGUGAUGGCCGUGGAGCACAACAAAACAUCAUUCCAGCAGCCACCGGCGCAGCUAAAGCCGUAGGCAAGGUCAUUCCCGCCCUCAACGGCAAACUCACUGGUAUGGCUUUCCGUGUGCCAGUUGCCAACGUCUCUGUUGUUGACCUAACUGCCCGUCUUGGCAAGCCAGCAAGCUACGACGCCAUCAAACAAAAGGUGAAGGAGGCUGCUGAGGGACCACUCAAGGGCAUCCUCGGAUACACCGAGGACCAAGUCGUGUCUUCCGAUUUUAUUGGAGACACUCACUCGUCCAUCUUUGACGCUGCAGCUGGAAUCUCUCUAAAUGACAACUUCGUCAAGUUGAUCAGCUGGUAUGACAACGAGUAUGGUUACUCCAACCGUGUUGUAGAUCUUAUCAAGUACAUCCAGACCAAGGAUUAAAGUAUUGUAUAAUUGAAGUUACAUUGUAUUGUUAAGAUGAGAUUAUUGUCAUUGUAUGAGUGUAGAUGUGACAACCUAAAUUAUUUAACUACAAAAUACACCGUAUGUAAAACUUAUUUUAAUGAAAAAUUGUAUUACUUAACAAAUUAUUGAAAUAUCUUUAAUGGGUAAUACAAAGUGAAUAAAUAAUAUCUUAUUCCA